GAUUUUCUAGUAUAAAUAUCCAUGUUCCAUUUCUCAACCCAGAACCCCUAACCUUGCAAGGUUCCAUGAGACCACAGAGCGCUAGCGCAUUAGCUGCUACAACGGUGGUGUUUCUGUCUUUGAUCUGCAUCAUCCAGCUUUUCGUCUCGGUCACGGGAGUGUCCAGCUUUGUGAUGGAUAAUUCUCCAAAUAAGGCACGGCCCGAUGCUGCAGCUGCCGCCGACAAUCCAGAGGUUGUACUCCCUGAUGCCGUCAACGUUGAGGUCGACAGUGUGCCAGCGGUUGAUCACGAACACCCAGAUCCAGGAGACGUAUUGGCUUGGGCAUACAGACAGGGUCAAAUUCAUGCGGACCCACUUAUGCAAAGGGUGGAAACCAUUGGAGCGCUGCUCGACAUGGAACUACAGAUUGUUCCCCCAAUGCCCCACGCAGAGAUCUUGGCAGCACUGGAUGAGCUUGCCAUGCUACCCAUGCCUACCAUCGAUCCUGCUCCCGUGGCCUCACAAGAGAUGGAUAUAGAUACCGAGGGGGUGGAAGGUGAUGUGCCGCCACCCCCGCCAAGUCCCUGAGCCACACAUAUAAGCUGCCGAUUUCAAUCGACUAUUUUACUAUCCGGGAAUAAUUAAUAAAUAUCGGCUGCAUUGUGAUUUUAUCUCACAUUUUGCUUCAGAUUCGUGAUCAUAAACAGUGCAAUGCUUUUGUUUACUUCAGUUCUUGUUGCGUACCCUUGGUUCAAUCAGCACUGACGACCUGUUUUGUAUGCACCUAGACUAGUUAGAUAUAUGCAUGUUUCGCUGCCUUUUGUAAAAAUAUGUUGUAUGUGCAUCUGGAUCUGCAUCUUCUGUGUUCUGUGUUUUGGACUAAUUGUGUCAAAUUA